GAAUGGGUUAUCUUGGGCUAAACAGGGAUAUAUCCAAGUUCAACAAUGAAGGAAUAAUUCACACUAGAAGUGUUAAAAGACUGAAACUCAGAAAAGAUAUUGUUCCUGACUGAUACCAACGGAAGGCAUGCAAGGAUGCUGGAUCCGGGGACUGAUCUAUUGUAUUCUCUGGUACUUGAGCAUCUUCAGCGGGUUCCUGCUGUUGUGCUGUCCUCUGCUGCCCCUCCUCUUCCUCAAUCACAAGCUGUAUCGUCGUUGCAUCGAUGUCAUCUUCGCUGUCUGGGAAAUGUAUCCUGUCGUACUGAUGGAAGUUUUGUUCGGCACCAAGAUCAUUGUGACAGGAGACAGAGUGAGGACUAGUGAGUGCAGCCUGCUGGUUAUGAACCAUCGCACAAGACUCGACUGGAACUUCCUAUGGGCUGCCAUGUUCUACGCUGCGGAGCCACAGACUCACCGCACCAAGUUUGUACUCAAGGCACCAAUCAGACACGCUCCUGGCCCAGGAUGGGUAAUGCAGAUGGCCGGCUUCCUGUACAUCCACCGUCAGUGGGAGAGGGACCAGAAGUUGCUGGCCAAUGUUUUGGACUACCUCAGUGAAAUAAAAUACACAUAUCAAGUUUUAAUAUUUCCUGAAGGAACAGACUUCAAUGAAAGAAGCUUAAAACGCAGCAAUGACUUUGCAGACACUCAUCACCUUGAACACUACACGAAGGUGCUGCAUCCUAAAACAACGGGGUUUGUGUUCCUGGCUAACAAAAUGAGAGAGAACAGGCAGCUAGAUGCAGUGUAUGACUUCAGUGUUGGUUACCCUGGCUCCCUUCCACAGUCCGAGAUGGACGUUUUGAGAGGCAUUUUCCCAGAAGAGGUUCACUUCCAUAUAAAAAGGUACCCCACCAGUGAGAUACCAACCAGUGAUGCAGGACUGAAGGAGUGGGUCAAUGACCUCUGGCAACAGAAGGAGCAGAUGCUAGUGGACUUCUACUUCCACCGCAGCUUCACCCCUCACGCCACUUCCACCACAUCCCCUCCACCUACCCCUACCAACGCACUUCUCCUCGCAUUGCUGUUCUGGACUGGUCUCAUUCUCAUCACUGUCUACGGGUUGUUUACGUCUCUUUACCUUCAGCUGUGGACUUUCAUCCAUUGUUGUCUGUUCCUCGUUCUCUCCUUCACCAGCGAAGGCAUCCACCAACUGGAGGCGUCUUGGUAUAAAAAUCCCCCCACUCACGAAAAAGAUUGAUGAUGCAUUAAUUAGCUUAUAGUUACAUGUCAGCCAGUUAGAUGGUGUGAUACUCAAGGUUUACAGGCAUGGUAGAGUAUUACAAUCUCAACCAACUUUAAUGUUUAUGUUAUUUUUGCUGGAAUUCUCGGUCUUCCGAUGAGAACCUCAUCAAGUCGGUAUUUACACUUUGUACAAAACCAAACGUUUCGCUCAUGCUAAGACGAGGCAUCCUCAGUGGCAAAGCUGAGACCAGUCUCAUAGCGUUGACUGAAAAAUGCAAGGUUAAAAAUCCUCUUCAAAAGUAAAUUAAAAUCAACCUUAUCCAUCCAUCAAUCUAUACUUUUGAUGGAAUAUAAAGGAUGACCGAAUAAAACCGGACAGCAUUACUUAUUUCUUAAAUUCGUCCACUACACGUCCCAGCGUUUCACAGCUACCAUUAUUCGUCAACACUUCUUGAUUAAUUGCGUUCUUAAGAUCCAUCAGGGUUCGGGGUCUAUGAGUGUGGACACAAAAAUUUGAGAAUACCACUAAGAAAAAAUUCAUACGCUCAAUUCUGGUGAUUUUGGGGCCCCAGGAUAUUUGGACACGGGAAGUAACCCAUUCUAGAAACACAAUACACACCACAGCCAUUUAAUCCUGAGCAGUGUGAAUCAUGAAUGAAUGAAUCUUGUUGAUAAUAAACAUAGGUUGUUUAUAAAACGUUGCUGUCUCACCAGUGAACUCAAAAAGUGCUAGAGCAUAUCAACACUUAAGAAAGAAAGCUUGCCAAAACGUUUCAACAUCUACAGAAUCAUAACAGUUACUUUUCGGCUAACCUGCUUUCUUUUGCGGAUAGAUCCUGUUUUCCUCUAAUUGUUAAUCCAUCUGACAAUUAUGUUUUGGCUAGAAACUAUAUGAUGGAGUCUAAGAUGAAAGGGAACUAAAUAAAUGUUGUUGUACUGCCGUUACAGGCUUGCUAUUUUGCUACUUUGUUUACAUAUUAUGCUCGGCAUAAAGAAAACAUUAGGGUCUUUACCAUGCAAUGUUCCAUGACUGAGGAAAAUUGAAUAAUAUACAACAAUGAACAAUGAAUGACACCCCUUCCCCUCACAACAGUAACUGUCGGUCAUCCUUUAAGAUAUCUGAUUUUGAUAUUGAAAAGUAUUUUUGGAGAUGUCUCCAAUCUCUGUUAACAUCAAGUUGGGUUUUGUUUGACACUCCUGUCCUGUAUAUACGAUAGUUUCAUUUAAGCUAAAACCUGUUAUAUCAAUUUUUAAUGUUUAUUUAAUAGGUUUUCAUGUGAUUACCUGUGUGAAAAUUACAAACUAUAUAUAUAUUUGUACAAAAGCUGUGUUUAAGCCGUGUGGUGGGCAGGUUACUUGGCUGAGGUAACUUGAAAUACAAAAGAAGCAAGUAACCUGCCCUAUAACUGGCCUCAUAUAAACAUGGCUUCAUUACUUAUUAGUGCUCCUAUGAAUCAGUUCUUUUGAGUGAAUAAAAAAUUGUACAAAUUUCUUCUCCGAAGCAUGCAAUACAGAAUAAAAAUUUGUUAUGUCACACCAAAUGUGUUAUAGAUGAACUUCAAAGUAAAAAUAAAUAACAAACUACUUUGGUAGCUGAUUCAAUUGCACUUAAUGUACAUAUGUUGAUUACUGCAAUAGGCAUUAAUUAAUUUAAACAACACUGUACAUUUUCAGAAGAAAACUAUUUUUAGUAGUAACCCUAUACAAGCAUCUACUUACGUCAAUUUUAUUACUUAGAUAAAUACGAAUCUAGUCAAGUCAGGGUGUAUAUUUAUAUUAUAAAAUUAUAGAUAGCGAGUAUUCUCAUAGUCAAAAUAUAGAUUAUUAUCCUAUGAAUAGCGAACAAAAAGGACCAAAGAUAACACUUAGGAAAUGUAUCAAGACUAACACAGUUCUUGAUUAUCAUAAUAAAACAUGAUACACUACAGUAGAACCAUGAUAAUGAAUGAAACAUAUUAUUUCAUUCAUUUUUUUACUUACCUUGGGAUAGCUGAAUAAAAAAAAAUACUACGAAAUAUACAACCUAUUUCCAUUGUCUUUGAUUUGGCAUGUUAUAUGUCAUUAUUUAAAAUGUAAUACAACAACAAAAAGAGCAUUCGACUCACUAUAAAUAAGAUUAUCGCUCUUACUUUAAGCACCGUUCAUUUUUGAUCUUACACAUUUAAUUAUCCUAUAACAGUUAUUUUUCUUCUGCCUCUGGCAUUGACCAAUACUCAAUGGAUAAAAUAGGUUUUACCAGACCUACAUUUUUAAAACUACACAGAAUGAUUGGAAAGUAUAAAUGUUUAAAAAUAAAAUACAUUAUUCUGUAUUUCUAUCUAAUGUUGUACUGAAAAACUUUACAUGCGUGUGAGAUGACAGUAAAAUAAAAUAUAAAUUAUUACUGUAGUUUUAAAAUACUGUUAGUCUCAAACUUUGAAUUUCAUGGGUGAGGAUUCCCUUCAAAUGAUAAGGUUUAAAAUACUUAUUUCAGUUAUAAAAUCCGAUGAAAAUGAAAAGGUUCUUUGAUUUUGUAGUGCAUUAUCUGUAUAUCUGGAUAUAGCAGCAAAAUCAUCCUGCAAAAAUGUUUUUUCAGUUGUAAACAAACAACUACCUACCACACUCUCUUGUUGUUGUAUUGUAAGGAUUAGAAUGAUUUUUUGAAAUUAUUUAUAUAGUUGAAAUACUUGUAACCAUCAACAUUCAAUAGUUUUUAUGCUGUGUCUUGUGGCAAGAUUAGAGUAACAAAUUUUUCAAAAAGAAGAUCUUUGUUAUUCAUAGAGAUAUGACCCGAAAUUGUUAAAAAUAUAAUGAAAAUUCACUACUGGACAUAAUUAUUCAUCCCUAAUAACUCAAAAUGGAUGUAAUUGGAAUAGUCGAGAAAAUAUUAUGAAUACUUUCGAAUAUUGUUCUUAUUGCCAAUUGGUAUAGGCCUAUAAUAAAUUUGCAAAAUAAAGGAUAGCCAAGUAAAAAAUACUAUCCACUUAAAUCUCAAUGUCAAUUCAAAUCAACAAACUGUGUUGAUUUUUGUACCUGGCUGACAAGUAAAUUAAAAAACUUACUAUCCAUAUUUUUUGUAUAGAUAACACUGAACUCUUUUGGUAAAAUAUAUAUUUUGUACAGUAACAUAUUUUUCCUAAUAGAUUUUAUAUUCUUCUAAAUGUGUUCACUCUUGAAUUGAUUGCAAAUUCUAUUAUUUUUAUAAAACAUAUAUCAUGUACGAAACCUGAAGAAUCUAUAUUUUAUGUUGUGUUUCAUACAACCUAGCAAAGCCAUUCCAUCUCGACCACUUUUCAAUGACUGCAAAUGUAAAUAUUACUUCCACAAAGAGAUGUGCAAAAUGGAUUUGUUGCUAAAUUAUGUGAUGACUCUAUGAUACAAAUUAGACUUUAAUAUUGUUGUGAAGUUUAUAGCUAAAAAACCAAAGAUAGAUUAUAAUAAAUUUACAAUCAGUUA